GUGUUUACUUUUCUGUUUUUUGCAGCAGUGUAACAGAAGCUGUAUUUUAAUGGAAGGUUUCUCUGGACUUCCCUCAAGGGUUUCCACAUUAAUGCCUUUAAAAUUCAAUCAUUAACUUUUGCCUUCACCUGAAGGUAGAAAGUGAUGAUGAAAAACAAUAUAGCACCAUGUGUAAUUUGGUUUUACAAAGCUUUAUCAGAAUUGAUUCAGCUGAUAUGUAAACAGGGGAAAACUCACUUUCUUCUCGCCCCAGCUUGCACAUUCACUUCAGCUUGAAGCUGUGCACGUUUACCUGACAGCUGCAGCACGGGCUCCCGACUGGUUGGAUUUGCUGAGCUGGUUCUUGUCUGCAGCUGUGAGGAAGGGGACCAGGCCACCCCCAGGGAUCCCUUCCGGAUCCAUAUUCCCAGGCCAAGGUCCAACAGACUGGGCACAGAGGGGGAAGAUUUUUCAGAUGUUUUGGUGCAAACACAAUUGCUUCCUGAGGGAGAGAUUUGGCAUGUGUUUCCUGAGAGAACCGUGCUUGCGUAAGCAGCCCCUGCCACCCUCUGUGCUGGACUAGCACAACCAUUUGUGGGGCUCAUGGGGAACUGCACUGGCUUCAAAAGCACCUUUUCCUCUUUUUUAUUCAUAACUUUUUACCCUGAUCUAUCUGACUGUGUGGCUGCUGUGUCUGGGCUGAGAAGGUGGCCUGAAAGGAGGGAACACGUGGCAGGGAGCAGGAGGUAAGGGCUGUUUCUGCCGGCAUCACUGCUGCUGAAAGAGGUAAUUGCUUAUCAAACUGUGUUCGGAGGGGAUGAUGACAUGUGGUUAUGGCAGUUGCCUGAAAAACGGAGCUGAAUGCUCAGAUAUCUUAAUGCAGCUGUGUGCAUGUGCAGUUAGUUAGCUGUAUACAUGAAGAUAUGAUUCUCCGUUUCUCUUGUAACUCUGAGUUUUCACCCAGUGAUUUUACUCAUGAUGUACAGCUACAUGUACAACUGAAGGAUACAUUCCCUAUACUAUUGUCUCUUGGAGUAUGUUCUCUCUUCUGGAAAAUAGACCUAGGCAUCACAAGAGUAUGAGUUUUCUUAAUCAGAUUAUAUUUAGCUGGAAUAGGUGAAUGCCUAAAAUUCUAAAAGGGAAGAUUAAACCUAAGAAGGUGCCUCUAAUCCUAGAGAGCAUAAUUGUUACAUGCAUGCGCUUUACUCUGCUUUACAUUUACAUAAAAUGUUAAAUAUGCUUUUGAAUGUAGUGUAGACCUGCUGUUAAAUUAUGAAUAACAGAAGCAAUUGGACAAAUAUCACUGUUUUAAUUGAUAUGGUGAGACUAAGAAGUCAGUUUAAUGUAAGACUUCUAUAAUCUGCUACCAUUUAUUUUGGUCUGGAAAGCACUGAUGCUUUUGUGCAUUGUUUUAGCACUUUUUCAUUCCUACUUGACGUUUUCAUUCCUACUUUAGACACUUUGUUUCUCUGUCAUGAUCCUAUUGUAACCAGUAAGAAAACACAGCACAUUGUCCAUUUAGCAGGAGUGCAUAUUUAAAGGAUGAUGGUACAUGUUCUUGCGCAUAGAACUGGGAGGAGAAAUUAUGUGCUGUUAGUGUCUUUAUUCAACAGAGAAAAAUCACUUUUUCCCCUCCAACCGGAAACAAGAAACUUCAUGACAUUGGAGAACAAUAUCUUUACUGUCCUGUGGUGGGUCACAACAGCUGUAGUUUGGAUUAUCUUUGUAAAGUCUCACAUGGAUUUUAAAAACACAUUAAAAGAAAUAAAAAUCUUAAUUUGAUCCAUUUUUUUCCUAAGAGGGUUUUCUUUACAGCAGCCUUACUAGAGCAAAAUACACAUUUUAUGAGCUAUAUUGUUGCCUGUGUUAAUUGGCACACAUUGAUGUGACUGUGAGCAGUAGAACUGCAAGCUACAGCUUGCCUGCAGGAGGUGGGCUCCCAGCCUGCAGGAUGGAGACAUUUGGAAAGGUGCAGUUUUUAAAAACUGAAGCUGUCCAAGCUAAUCACUCUGUUUUUCUUCACUGGAAAUGAAGGUGCUUCCUAGGGAGCUUAUUGAGCUGAUACUUUUGUUUUCCUCUCCGGGAGAGUUGUGUUCUUGCUGUGAAGUGGAAGAGCUGUUGCCAGUAGGGUAAUGAGUUGUCAGCUGCUCUGGGCGAAGACCCCCAGGUCCCUCAUCCUCCUGGUUUUGGAAGAAGCAUUUUUCAGCACUGGAGGGUGGGUGCUGCUCAGAUUACACCUGCCUGGCACGGUCACAGACACGGUGGCAGGAGAGAGGAGCCCACGGAACUCAGAUGCCGCACACCCAUGUGCCGAGCGGCCCCCGCCCGCGCCGGGCAUGAGGGCCGGAGCCAGCCGCUGGCACUGAGGCGAGCAGCGCUGGGAUCGCCAUGGCCUCGUCCCGCCGGGCCCGGCUCCGCGGCCCUCCCGACGGAGGCUGGGGAUGGAUGAUCGUUGCUGGCUGCUUCCUUGUCACUAUCUGCACCAGGGCCGUGACAAGGUGCAUUUCCAUUUUCUUUGUGGAGUUCCAGGCAUACUUUGGGCAGGAUUAUGCCAGAACUGCUUGGAUCCACUCCAUUGUCGACUGUGCUACAAUGCUUUGUGCCCCGCUUGGGAGUUUAAUCAGUAAUCAUGUAUCCUGCCAAGCUGGUAUCAUGCUAGGAGGGCUGCUUGCAUCGACUGGACUAAUUUUGAGCUCAUUCGCCGCCAGUCUGGAACAUCUCUACUUAUCAUUAGGAGUCCUCACAGGACUUGGGUUUGCACUUUGUUAUUCUCCAGCCAUUGCGAUGGUGGGCAAAUACUUCAACAAAAGGAAAGCACUGGCGUAUGGAAUAGCCAUGUCAGGAAGUGGAAUUGGUACCUUCAUCCUGGCCCCUGUGGUCCAGCUCUUAAUUGAGCAGUUUUCCUGGCGAGGAGCUUUGCUCAUCUUGGGAGGUUUUGUUUUAAACCUCUGUGUCUGUGGUGCCUUGAUGCGGCCUAUUUCUCUUAAGGAGGAUUGUAGAACUGCUCCUGAGUUUCUUGAACAGAAUUAUGUCCCUGAAACAGAGAAACAAGACUUAAAGCGAAUGUCCAUAUGUCCACCUUUAAUCAAAUUAUGGCCUCAUGAAUGUUUAUGCUACUGUUCCUGGAAGGAAUAUGACUUUUUGCUGAUGCCAGGCUUCAUGGUGCUGGCAGUGUCAAUUUUAUUUAUGGCAUAUGGCUGCAGCCCUCUUUUUGUCUACCUAGUGCCUUAUGCUUUGAGUGUUGGAGUGAGUCAUCACCAGGCUGCCUUCCUCAUGUCCAUACUUGGUGUCAUAGACAUCAUUGGUAAUAUCACCUUUGGAUGGCUCACAGACAGAAGGUGUCUGAAGAAGCAUCGGUACUUUUGCUACCUCUUUGCUGUGGGAAUGGAUGGCCUAUGUUGUCUUUUCCUGCCAGUUCUCCAAAGCUUCCCCUUGCUUGUGCCUUUCUCAUUUACCUUUGGCUACUUUGACGGAGCCUAUGUAACGCUGAUCCCUGUCAUGACAGCAGAUGUGGUGGGAACUUCUUUGUUAUCAUCAGCACUGGGUGUUGUGUAUUUUCUUCAUGCCAUACCAUAUCUAGUGAGCCCACCUGUGGCAGGUUGGCUUGUGGACACAACUGGCAGCUAUACUGCAUCAUUUCUCCUGUGUGGAUUUUCUAUGAUAUUUAGUUCAGCACUAUUGUGCUUUGCAAGACUAGCAAAGAAAAUCAAAAGAACACAUUUGCGGCCCCUCACGGGUAACAUGGCCUUGAAGCAGCACAUCUGGACAAAUGGAGCAAUAGCUUAUUCUGUCACAGCAGAAUUAGACCAAAGGGAUGGUGAAUUUUUGGCUGUGGAUACAAACAGCUUCAGCAACAGGUGACAAGUGCUGUUGAGAUUCAGUAUGGCACAGCCUGAGGCAGAGGUGGCUCUGUGGUGGUUACAAUGUUGAAGAUACUUCUCCUGUGAAGCAAGACAUCUCUCAGUUAGAUUUUUCUGUCCUGUUUUAGUUGGCUUAAAUCUACAUACAGCAACAGUAAUACCAAGUUAAUGCAGUAACAGAAAAAAGCUACACUGAAAAUAGAGUUUGUAGAUACAAGCGUUAAAGAUUUAUUUGAAAUGCAAUGUUGGUUCCACAGGUAUCAGUCACCAAAACUGACCAAUAACAUUUACAUUUAAAAAUAUCAUUAAUGACACAAGAUUUUUCAUUUUGUGGUCUAGUAUGUUUCAGUGGACUAAUCACACCACCAUGAAAAAAUCUCCACAUUUAUCAAUCUGCAUGAAACUCUUUGCAAAUGAAUUUUUCAAAUGCCAAAGUCAUCUGUUCAUUUUGCUUUUGUUUUUUUGUUUUUUUUUAAAGAAAAUCUGGCAGGAAACUGAUUUAUGCUGAAAGUAUCUCUGGAACAGCUUUAAUUUUUACAAUGUGCCUGAACUUUGUACAUACAUUGAAAUUUAAUUUCAAAUAUUUGAAGCGUGCUUUCCCACGUGCUCUCUAGCAAAUUUUACUUUUUUUCUUUUUUCUUUUGGAUACCUUUAAAAUUUGAAUUUCUAAACACUGACAUUCUGGGUAUGAUCUUUCAGCUGAUCCUUUUCUAAGAGAGUGGAAAAUGUGCUGUGGUGGCUCUGCUAUCUGAAGAGGAGUGAAUUUGUGCCAUGGGACCUGGCAUGCUGAUAGAUAAAUGUGCUUUAAGUGCAUUAGUUGGAAGAAGCCCAAAGGCAACCCAAGAGACCAGAGAGGCUUCUGUGUUUUCAAACACAGAGCCUCUUCCUCUUGUAAAAUCAGCAUCUAUUAGAGAACUUUAGAAUCCGUGCAACCAGAUGGCUGAGAGAUUGCCCACCCCACAGGCUGACAGUGGAGAGGAUGUUGGCAGAAUUGUUUCUGUGUAUUGCAGUGGCAAAUCUGUCUCUUUUCAGACCCAGAAGCUGCAUCUUCAUGUGGUGCCAAUUGCUCAUUUGUACCAUCUGAAGAGCUCUCAGGUCACAUUUCCUUGGUGGCCAGAACACAAGAGCUGACAGUUUGCUGCUGCUUGUGUGAGGAAAAUACUCCAGUUGGCUGCUUCACAGGAGCUAGGGAGUGAAUGUAGCUCCUGGAGUAACUUACUGAUGUGAUGGUCUAAUAAAUACUGGGAUUCUCUACAUUUCCAGAGUGAAAACAUCAGCAGCAAUGGAAAACUUGACCUUCCACAAUACAAAUAGUUUCAGUGUUUUGAUGCCACAUCAAGCUGUAUUCUGUUCAUUAACAAAUUCAUCUGAGUCCAAAUAAUGUUCAUUUACACUGAACUAGUAGUUUUGUUAGUCUGCAGUGUGUUGAAUGGCUGCUCAUUUUGUGUGUCUUUUCCACUCUGUGCCUUGUACGUGAAAGCAACCAACAUAGACUGAUGUUCACCAAUUUGAUUUAGACCAAGAGUACAGCCAUAGGAGUAUAAUGUAUUUAUAUAUAUACACACACACACCUAUAUAUAUGAAUAACAUGUAUAUCAAGUAGUUUUAUUAUCCAAGUGUAUAAUAUAACAUUUUUAUUUGAUACAAUAUAUUCAAAUAUAACAUAUUAAAAUUGUUUGUGUUUAAAUGAAGCAUUUCUCACUGUCCUGCUUCAGGAAUGUAGUCAGAGCCAGUAGCAUGAUCUAUGUGCACAGACCAUAGAAUAAAUGCGAGCAGUGCAAAAUCUACUUAAAGCCAAUGACAUAACUUUUCUUCAGCUCAGCAUAAAAAUUGAGUCUUGGGCCCCAGUUUAGUUUAUAACAUAUAUUCAUAAAAAAAGACAAAAAUUAUCCAUGGGUGUUUCUUAAUGAGUUAGAAAAAAUAUGCACAUUUGGGAAAAAAAUGAAUUGGUUUUAUUAGCUAGUACUGAUGAAGAUAAUUUUUUAGAUCUUUAUACAAUAUUGUAACAUUAAAAAAAGUAGGGAAUAGUGUGGUCAACAAAAAACAUAAUUUAUUUUUAACAUGUUAUAAAUUACCACUGUAAAUAAAUUUACAAAAAAUUAGUUACUUUGUUUAUCACAUCACAACAUGUCACCUGUUCAUGUCGGAGCUGCAUAUUGCAAAAGCCUGUUGGAAUAAUGCUAUGUGCAUUUUUAUCAUAGUAAAUUAUAGUGUGUAAUACAUUAUUAGCAUUUUUUAUUAUUUAAAGAUUUAUUUUUUUUCUCAUAGGCUUUUCCCUUUUUGUUUUUUAAGCAGUACUUCUUGUUUUAAAUAUCUUAUUUAGCAGCAAACAUUCAACUGGUUUUAUUCACAGACCUUUUGUAGAAAAUGGUAAAAUUCUUUCAGGGCUUUCCAACACUGUUUCUGCUCCGACUUAAAUAAAUGGAAAAAAUGCUCAUAUACUGGAAUAAAGACUUUUGUGCUUAAAACACACUAUGAAAUAUCAGCCCUGUCAUGAAUGCCCCCACUAAGAAACAGAAUGAAGGAAGUGUAGCAGGAAAUGACCUGCAAGUGGAAGAAAUGGCAAUACAAUCCAGGCUGGUGAAGCCUCUUGCCAAACUUCUACCUCCUGCUCUGCACAACCCAGGCUCAACAGGUCAUCUUCAUCCAGCCAUGUGAAAUAUUCCCAGCAAUGCAUUAUAGAAUCUCUAGAUUACAAUAGUUUUAAAGAAUGAUUUACUGUAUUGGCAAUAUUUUUUUAUAUUUUUCAUAAUAUUCAGGCUGUCCUCCAUAGAGGACAUUUCCUGGCAUGGCUAAGUAUGGGAACAAGCCAAGAUAGCUGUGAACAAUUUUCCAGAUGAACACUGCAUGUUUGAGGAUUUAGGGGUCUUUUCCACACUUAAUGAUCUUGUAAUUCUAUGUUCCCACCAGCCCUGAUGGGCACAUGCAUUGAUGGGUAUGAGCUCAGCUGGAGCACUGCACUGCUGAGCCUGUCUGGCUUCCCAGUGUGGUGGGACUUGACUUGGGGUAACAUCUGUCCGACACAGAUUCUACCUCAGAUGGAUCCUACCUGCAAUUAUGCUCUGUUCUGUGCAGUGGAUGGAAAUACAGUGUAACCAAGUGAAACUGCUUGCAGCUGCUGAAGUUAUCCCAUCUGUCUCCAUUCCAUGAGGUUUGAAAUGGGAAAAUAAUAAUUAUUUUGAAAUAAUUUAUAUCCUAAUGAUAAUCUGGAUACAUUUAAUAAAUUGUACCUUGUAAAGUUGUGUGAAAACAACGUUGGAAAAUCAAGUACCUUCUGUUGAAAAAUUACUGUUUUUUCAGAAAAAGCAUUCCUGAAACAUUCCUGUCAGCUUGGAUAAUAAUUUACCUCCUGAAAGACAAAGGCUGUGUUACUAUAUGGUGAGUGUAUUUUAUAUUGUCACAGCAAUGCCUUGUUUGCUUUCUAAAGUGUUACAAAUUUAUGUGAGAAGGAAGGAGCUUGUUAAACUGUAACACUGCUUCAUGGUCAGCGUAGCAAAAUCCUUAGUGGGGAAUAAACAAAAAAUGAAUAUAAAUAA